AUGGAUGUUGGCGAAGCUGUGGAAUUAUUCAGUGUUCGUGUUCGAACAGCAUUUUUACGCUGCAUGGAAAUUGCCUUACGGCUACCUGGCCUUUUGUUAUUCGAACUUUGGUGGCGUAGUCGAGACAUACAUUUCAAUCCCGAUUUAUUCAAGCAAUCGUUUUCAUCAUAUCUGGAAAUGGAUCAAAUCAUUGAAUUUAUUCAAACGAGGAACCUUGAUCAAACUGGGGCGCAAAUACUGAGCUAUGCUGUUGUGCUUAUGUCACUCAUGUUUUUUCUUCUUCCGCUCUACAAACUUAUACAAGUUUAUUUUCACAUAUUUUCAUUGUUGCUAUUUUCUGUGGCUCAUUAUCUGUCGGCUCGAUAUGUUCAAUUGGAGCAGAAUGAAGAUCCUAACUUGAAGUUGGAUGAUUUUACUAAAUUAGAACGACAUGGAUUUCAUAUUUUGGCCCAGUUGGUGCUCUGUGUAGUGCAGAGUUGUCUUCUAAGCUUGGAAAAUGAUAUUGCACGAGUUACGCUUGCAGUUUUUCUGAUACCAAUAAUUGCUCGAAUGUGUGCAGUGCCUAUCGAUCGCUUGAUCAUUGCUCACAAUGUGGCUUGUUCUUUGGCGAUAAUGGCAAUUUGCAUAUAUGUUUUAAACAAAACCCCAGCACUGCUGAUAUCUAUACGUCAUUCUAUGCGAUAUCUUAAAGCUCUCGUAAUUCCUCGAGGUAUUGGAGCAGGUGCUGCUAUUUUGUGGCAUCGCUUACGGAUUGCAGAAAUAUUGAUCUCGGCAUGGUUAACAAUGUUUUUUACCCGAGUGUAUGUGCAUUUAGCUGGAAAAGGAAGGGGUUUUGAUGAAAUUGGUGCAAUAUUCCUAGCAUCAGUAGCAGAAAGCACGAACACGCCAUUGUCACUAUUGGCGCUGACAUUAACUGUGAGCUGUUCUUGUAAGCAAAUUUUGACUAUUGCGGAAUAUAUUGUUGGUGGACAGCAAGGUCAUACACAUAUUUUGGCUAAUGGUGGCUAUACAGGAGCACUAAUACUUGCACUGCUUUGUGCACAAACCGGUGUUCUUGGAAUGCGAACUGAACAGAAAGCUUUUUUACUUGGGCUGGUCUUUCUUAUUGUUGUGUCCACUUUGCUGCAGUCGUUAUGUGAAAUUCUUGAACUACAAUUACUUGAGAUAGCUGCAAAUAGAUGGACGAGCCGAGGUCAACAUAUGCGAUCUGUUUUUCUAUCUAUUAUUGUAAUUAUGACAUCACUUUGUACUUCUGCUGCUGUUACUCGAUUUCUGCCCAUUGAUUUGUGGUGUCUAAUAAUAGUUUCAAAUUGUUUACUAACGGCAGUGCGUACAUUAUCGGCCCUAAUCGUAUAUGCCAUAUAUGUAUUAGAAAGGGAGUCUAUGGAUACAUGGGGACGAGCUGAUUAUGUCGUAUUCAUAUGCAAAAUGAUUACGUGUGGUGUCGAAGUAUUACUUGCAUUGAAUGUUGUUUGCUACGGUAUUCUAACAUCUUUAAUGGGUCACUGGACAUUAACAAGCCUGGCUGUUUUGGUAUUCUACCUGUAUUUCAGUGUUUGGAGGCAAUUACAGGCUGGGAUUGUUAGCGUGCAGUCACGACAUGCAGCAUAUUCCAGCUUGUCACAAUUGCCUUAUGUGUCGAAAGAAACGUUGCAACAGCGACGUGAUGCAUGCGCGAUCUGUUUGUCUGGUUUGGUGGAAGAUGUACGCAUAACACCUUGCAAGCAUUCUUUCCAUAGUGCCUGCUUAAGAAAGUGGCUGUGUGUUAAACAGGUGUGCCCUUUGUGUUAUUUUGACCUCAGUAAAUGUAAGAUUUCUGGAGCGCCUGAAGAACUAUUUUUGGAGGAAAGUGGCAGCAUAAAUACACCAGAGGACGCAGAAAGUAGUAGUACAGAGUCAUCUGAUGCUGAAAAUUCUUCUGAAGACGAUGAGUAUUUUCCUUGGUUUUCAGUUCAUCAACUGAAUGGUUCAGAUAUGUAUUAUUAG